AUGACCGUGGAGGCGCUCCUCUUCAGCGUCCUGCAUCGGCCAGCUCCAGUCUACUUGACUUCGGUUAAGUCCAUUGAGUACGAUGCCGCUGGAAACUGCAUACGGUAUUCGGGCAAGAACUGCGAGGGAAUCUGCAGUGUGCUUCGUGCACUCAGAACGCCGUGCAAUGGCAGUGGCAGCACUUUGCCUGAAUGGGAGGCGCUGCAGCUUCAGCUGCGAUCUCAAGAGCAGCACGAUCGGCGAGUGGGCUGCGGCCGAAGCAGCCGCAGUGGCAGUGCGGUGGUACCCGACCAUCACACGAUGCAAAGAAAGCGAGGCAACCAUGGCAACCUGGAAAAACUGCUCGUGGAUCUGGCCGAACGCCCGCUUUCGCAAGAGGAAGUUGCUGUUGUACUGCGAGAGGAGAUGGAGCUCUGGCAUCGCAACCCGAAGUUUGCAACCGCCCUUCUUAAAGCACUGGCGACAAGAAAUCUGCCUUCGAUAGCUGCCGAUGUUCUGGCCGUCAUGGCACAUCAGUCUGUCGAUGUGAACGUGAUCCACUGCAACGCGGUGCUUGAUGCAUGGGACAAGGGGCGAUCAUGGUGCGAGGCGGCCGAACUCCUAGAUGAUAUGAAACAAUCGAUGUUGAAACCAGAUUCGCUUAGCUACACCUCCCUCAUCUCUUCUUGUUCCAAGGACAGCUUAUGGUCCAAAGCACAGCAGCUACAUAGUGAUUGCCGAAGGGCAGGAACAAGGAGAGAUUCGGCGCUUUACAACGCUUUCUUGGCCGCCUCGCCUUGGUCACGAGCCUUGCUCGAAGUCUCCGCCAUGGUGCAGUCGAGGCUUAGGCUUGGCAAGGUGAGCUACAGUGCGGCUGUCUCGACCUCUUGCUCCUGGGAACAUGUGUGCAACAUGAUGGCCCGCUCAAAGGCCUGCUCCGUCCUGCCAGACCAGAUCAUGCACAACCACUUCAUAUGUGGCUUGAACUCUGCCUGGUGGCUGACUGUGGAUGCUUUGGAAAUCAUGAGGCUCAGGAGAGUGAAUCCAGAUAAUGUAAACUUGAAAUCUGCGCUGACUUCAGUCGCAGCUGGAAGCCAAUGGCUGCUGUGUCUGCAUAUGAUGACUCUGAUGCGGCAACCGAAGCCUUUGGCGGGACAGCGCCAAGUCUCCGCCCUACGCGGCGACCUUCGACUGAGUGUUGCCAAUGCGGCGCUGACGGCCAGGUGGGCAAACUGGGGACAAGCGCACAUCGUCUUUCAGGACCUGCAAAGAUCAGUAUGCAGGCCAGACCAAGUCUCAGUGAACACGGUCAUAAAAGCUUGUGGAGAUGGAGAUGUGGCCGCCUGGACUGUAGCACUGCUCUUGCUGAAGGAGAAGAUUGAUCUUGUUGGACUGAACAGCGCAGUCACCGCACUGACGAGGUGCAGCGUCUGGCGGAGUGUACUUCAGCUUGCAAGCAGUGGCAAAGGUUUGGGACUGCAGCCGGAUGCUUUUACGCACAGCGCAACACUGCGAUCGAUGCCAGAAGGGUGCUGGCAGCAAGCGCUUUGCCUGCUUGACUUGCUCUCCCUUUCCUCUCCGAGCCUCGUUGCGGUAAAUGCAGCUGUCGGUGCCUGUGCUCGGGCAUUGGAGUGGGAAGCUGCCUUGCAGAUUUUCGAGCAGAUGACACAGUGGAGGCUGAAGCCAGAUCAGUUCACACGGAGUUCGCUUAUCAGUGCAUGUGAGCCUGGGCAGUGGCAGCUUGCUAUCCUCAUUGCCGUCUCAUCGCAAGGCAUCGAUGUCGUGAGUUGCAGUGCUGCGAUCAGCGCCUGCGCAGCUGCGCGAAAUUGGCAGCUUGCGCUCGAGUUGCUGUGGGACAUGGCCACCGCGAAUGUCAGUCCGAACGAAGUUACAUUCAAUGCAGCAUCAAGUGGCUUAGAGAAAGGAAGCCUCUGGCAACCAGCGCUGCAACUCCUUCACUUAAUGCCACCCCUGCGAGUGGCUCCUGGCCGUGUGAGUUACAACGUCGUCGUGUCCGCCAUGCAGAAGGCAGCGAUGUGGCGACUGCCCUGCCAUUUGCUGGAAUGCAUGGGCGACGCUAGCUCAACUCCAGAUGCAGUGUCAAUUGACACGGCGACGCUAGCAUGCACAACCUCCAAUUGCUGGGAGCCUGGUCUAGCCCUUUUGCGUCAGAGUUUGGAAAGCAAGAGCCUCCCAAGCGCUGACUGCUACGCUGCAGUUGUCACAUCCUGUGCUGCGGGCAUGCUGUACAAUCUUGCAGCACAGCUGCUAAACGAGCUGCAGUGGCAGCGUGCUUGGCCGGAUGCCAUGCAGAAGGAAAAAGGUUCGUGGCGACCGGAGAAUCAAUGGGUGAAAAUGGGAGCUCAUCAUACCUUGGAGAUUGAGCUCAACAACAAGCUAACGCUUGGCAAGGACAGGUGGGAUGCCAUGCACCUGCAGCAGCUAGAUGAGGCCACUGAUGUACAUAAGACUUCCGAGGUGGCCGUCCUGCUAAUGGAGGCCUUUGUAGCGCGUCGCCUCGAAGAUUCGGAUGCGGCGUUUGGGCAAGACAGUAUCGUUGAUGCUCACACCCGGGCACUCGUGCGGGGUUACUCUGAGCUGGAUCAGGGGAUUGGGACUCUGAAGCAGCGGGAAGAAGUCGAGCACUGGGGUGCUGCGCAGCUGGGCCGUGCAGCUCGCAGGGCCCUUGCAGAGGGCGACCUCACGGAGGCCCUGUGGGCCAAAUAUGCCGCCCGCACGGAGGAGCUGCUGCCAGAGUUGCGUUUCGAGGAGGCGGCUCGUUUCGCGUCAGCCUUCUCCACGGCCAGAUAUGUUGACUUUGCAUUGUUUGCCAAGCUGUCAGCUAGGGCGUUGGAGUGCUUGCCGCAACAGGCCGUGCACUUGCGAACAAGCGGCAUCGCGCUGCGAGCCAAGCCAGGAAGCGGAACGGAUCUCCGCGCAAGACCUUCGACGAAUGGCAAUCGCCUGUGGAAAGGCUCAAGCCUUCGACAGCGAUUUACUCGAGGGCAUGGUGCCUUUGAUCGCGGAUCGAGUUCAAGAGCUCCGCCCUCGCGAGCUUGUGCACAUUGCGGACGCUUAUGCGCGGAUGCCUGUGCUUGGCCAAGAUAUGGUAACGAACGGCACCUCAAGCAUCAGGAUCUUGCGACACCGGAACAGGUGCAAAAUCCAGAGCUUUUCGCGCUUGUUGCAGAAGCCUUGCCCCGCUAUCUCUACGAUUUGACUCCGCCCGAACUGGCCAGCCUUUGCAGAAGCUUUGCCGAGGCAGCGGUCUUCAACGAGGAUCUUGCCGAUGCGCUUGGGGCGGAGGUCUCCAAGAGAUCCAAAAGCUUCGGCGCCAUGGAGUGCCUGGUCUUCCUCGACGCCCUCUCGCGGCUCCACGAAGGAAUGCCUGAGGAGUUGCGAGCCUCUCGCAAAGAGCGCGACGCGGAGGUCGUCGCCGCCAUCGCCGAGCAGCUCGGUGGCUCCGCCUCUGCUUUGGCUGCCCAGGAUCUAGUACGUGCUUUUUCUGCGUUAGUGCGGCUGGACCACUACAAUCCUCGCCUUGUGCACGGCCGGAUUUGUGCUGGAUUGGCUCUCAAGCUCGAUCAGCUCACAGAGGGCCCGUUGCCUGGUGCUUUCGCGCGUCCUCAGCAGGCGACGCGUGGCUUUGCUGCCUUGGCAGAGCUGCUUCACUGCCUGAGCCUUCUGCCGGCGCAGUCGCACAAAUCCGCUGAACUGGCCGUGGCGGUCAGCCAUUUGAUGACGGAGUUCUUGGGACACAUGCUGAACGACUAUCAGCAGGACAUUGAGCGUCGAGGCACAGCCCCGGGAAAAGACGUCACUGGAUUGAUCGGUCGGCUUCCGGAGCCGAGAGCUUUGGCACUGGCUGCGGCGGCAACUGCACAACUGGGCAAUGCAGGUCAAGAGGACGAAGACCUUCUGCACAUGCUGGGCUCCACCGUGGCAGGUCCCAAGACAUCUUCAGCUCUGCUGGCCCUGGCUUCGGAGGAUGAACUGCACGAGCUGAAGCGAGCUUUUCAGUUGAGCCGAAGUGCUUCAACUGCCGGCGCGGAGGAGGCCAUCGCCGUGGAGAUGCAACAGCGCGGCUUGCGAGCGGGUAUCGCCAACUUCCACCUUCUCACAGCCGUCUUGGCAAAAGAUGUCCACAGGGUUUCUCUUUCGCUGCCAAAGAAGAGGGCAACAACGACAAACUACGACAAAGCGCUGGUACGCUUCUUCGAGCAGGUGUAUCAGGGCAUCAAAGACCACAUCAACCUGGAUUUGGUGAAGUGUGUGCUGCUGGCCGGUCCAGGCUUUGUGAAGGACGACUUUCUGGGGUGGAUGCUUCAAAAAGCGACCCAGUCGGGGGAUACGCAGUUGCUGCAGAAGAAGAGCAGCUUCGUGUCCGUCCACGCAUCCUGUGUGCAUAAGCAAGCGCUGAAGGAGUUGCUCGCAGACGAGCAGGUGCAAAAAAGCAUCGCCAACACAAAGGCAGCCGCUCACUUGAAGGCGCUGGAGGAGUUCUACAUGAUGGUACAAAAGGAGCCCGAUCGAGUUUGCUACGGUCCGAAGCAGGUCCAUGAAGCCAUCGAGAAAUGUGCAGUCCAAACCCUCAUGGUGGUGGAUUCGCUGUUUCGGAAUGCGAACGUGAAGUUGCGGAGACAGUACGUUGACAUGGUUGAGACGGCGAGAGACCAGGGCGCCAGCUGCCAAAUUUUCUCCUCGCAGCAUGUCAGCGGCGAGCAGCUUCAGCAACUCAGCGGCAUCGCCGGCAUCCUGCGCUUCCCGCUGCCAGAAAUUGGCGACAUCGACAGUGAUGCGGGACUCAGCGACGCCGGUGCUGAAGAGGAGAAGGAAAAGAUGCCGCAGGAGGAUGCCGACGACUUUAUGUGA